AUGGGCCGCUCUUGGCAAAACCCCUACCGCGCGACACCCCAAACACCAAACGUUGAUCCUAGCCACGAUAUUGAAACAGUGACUUAUAAAAAGAUUAGGGUAAGGGAUGUGCCCGCAAAAAAGAAGAUUUUUAUAUCAAUCGUGAGCACCAGCCACAGUAUAAUCCUGAUCUCUUGUUGUGCCUUGAUCCAAACAUUUUAG